GUUAAUGUUUGCUUUUGGCAGUGUGCAUAGCUUUUUUUGUUAAGAGUUCGCAAAUGGUGUUUUGGAAAAGAACAUCUUAUUUUUCUUACCAGAAUCUACAUCGGUGAGACCAGUAUGCGUUGUCCGUGCUAAACCUCUCACCCUUACUCACUGAAUACUUACUGAACCAGCCGACCAAAUUUAUAUACAUAGGUCUGCUGAAUUGCAUAAGUGUGUGCAGAUAGGCGUACACACUGAUCUUCGACCAUCAAUCUAGAUCUGCACAUAAUCCAUUUAUCAUUCGAAUUUUUUUAAAAAUGUCAAGAGUGAAGCUUAUUUUCCCGUCAGAAUGUGAACUCAUCGUCUUCAGGUUCAAUUUUACUUAAUUCUCCGAUUAACGUGGAACAUAAUGUCAAAAAACAAAAGUCGGUUUUACUCCCUUAUGAGCUCGCUUCCACUAUGCAUGAAGCCAUAUGAGCAGUUCAUGUUAGAACUUCAAAAGCUGACAAGGCACAACAGACAAAAUGCUGUAUUACAACCACCCUUUCUUUUUGGACACUUAGUUGAUUUACAGAAGCUGUACAACGAAGUUGCCUUGCGGGGUGGUCACAAGCAAGUUACGUUAUCCCACUUGUGGUUGGAAGUUUAUCGAGCCUUAGGUCUUCCGCCAGGUUGCGUAUAUGCAGGCCAUGGAUUGCGUACAAUUUAUCUAAGAUAUCUCGAGUUAUUCGAAAGAAACCAGCGAAUGAUAUCGAGAAGUACUUUCACAUCCGACGAGCAGGAUAAUGGUGUUACCCACUUUGAUGAUGAUGCUCAGGAUUUUGAUCAAUUCCCAAGAACGUUCAAACAAGACAUUUAUGGGACUUCUAUUCGUCCUAAUGCUGAAGAAAUACCCAAUCACUUACGAAAAAGUUGGAGCUUGAGUAUUGAUUUAAGAGAUGAUUUCGAAUACGUUUCGUUGGAAAAAUCACUAUUGUCUGGGCUUCCUAAUGAAAUUGAGCUUGCGUUGAACACCAUCCUUCUUAUGUCUUCUCAAGCAAAUAACUUCAGUAUUAGUAGAAAUCCUAGGCUUUUGGAUAUUCUUUUACAUACCAUUGGCAUUUACGGACCAAAUCCAUAUUUUAUUCCAGAACACGUCCCGACUUACCUAUAUAGCAGAUACCUUAAUUUUUGGGAAUCAAAUAUCGAUAAAGAGAAUGGACGAGCAUUUCUAUAUCCCAACGCCUUUUACUUAAAAGAACUUCCCGCUAUAAAUUAUGAUGAAUUUUGUUAUUUUCCUGCUGUACAAGAGAUGACAUACGGUGAUGAAGAAGCUUUUCGUGUACAACUGGUCGCCACUGUACUACGGAACUUGGCAGUAGAUGACGGAUUAAGUGCUGUCAUUAUUGGACGAAAUCCUCAAGCCUUGCGUUUUAUCUUCUUGUGUAUAUAUUCCAAACACUCGUGUCUACAUCAGCUAGGUUUAGAAAUACUAUCUUCACUGUAUUUUCCAGUUCUUGGUUCACUUAUACCUGCCCUCCAUCGCUUGCUUACUACUUUAUUAGUUUGUCCUGAUCGAAUGGAUCGCAUUCGUGGUUUACAGAUCAUGAAAAACUUAUGCACAACACCGCUUUUUGAUGUGACCUACGACAACAUUCCACCUGUAGGUACCAAAAAGGUUUCAUUAACAAGGACUGGUCGUAACAUAGCAUUUCUGACUUCAUUGCCACCUGUUACAUUCUCUUCUAUCGCAAGCACUUUAUGUUUACGAGAUUUACAUUUAGUAGUUCUUGCCAUAGAUACUAUUCACAGUUUAACUUGUCUUGGUCCUACAUUGUGUGAUCUUCUGCUUCAACAAGGAUCACCACUCAAAGGAGAUGCCUCCACUUCUUCAGAGCUUCAUGUAGCCCACCAGAACUCAAACCUUCUUCCUCUACUCGUCGCUUUGCUUAAUUUGGAAGCUCAGGCCAUGGGGUCCGACAGCCUCAUUCGUGUGCGUGUUAUGCAGGCAUUGGGUACAGAAUCUACGAAUACUAAGCCACCAGUUUCAAAACCUCUAUUUUCUACCGUUCCCUCUACAAAAUCAUUUUCUACCGCCAAUAUGCAAAUAUCUUCAACAUCCUCAUAUAUUUCUCCACAAAAUCCCACGGUUCCAUCAUUCGUUAAUUCGACAGUUCAACUGCCAAUCCACUGCGCUCAACCAAAUUUGACUUUAUCGCUGAAUCAUUCUUCAUGCUGUACAACUUAUCAUUUGAAUGUUUGUGACACAUUGCAAACUUCCACUGGAAAAACUUCAAUUUCUACUUCACAAAAUUAUUAUCCUCACAAUCUUAGUAGCUGUAAUUCUCUUUCCACGAGUUCUAACUUUCUACUCACCAGUUCAACAGUUAGUGGGAUUCAAAAUACAGAUUAUUCUCGGGUAAAUAAACGUGAUUCGCUAGUAAGAAAUUGUCUUCCAGUUAUUACUACUCCUAGAACUAGCUUUUCUAUUCGUGAAUUUGACACUCUUACAUCUUCAACGCAACAGGGUCCAAGAUCUCCAUCUUCUAGCAAGCCAGGUUCAUCUGUGAUACACUCCUCACAAAUGACAUCAACUACAAAUUCUGUUACUGUUAAUACUAGUGUCACAUCUACAAAUGAUCUCAUGAGUAAAGUGUGUUUACCUCAAAAGUUAUCUACAACACUGGCACUGAACACAAAUUCUUCUACUACUAACUCAGAAAUUCAAACACAAAUAAAGACUCCAACUAAAUCCCUUGCAAAUGAAAUUACCAUACCUCAACUUGAUAAGCGUGAAUUCAUGUUUGAAUGGCUUAAAAGUAAUUAUGCUAUACAUAAUCACUCUAGCAUUCCACGUAUUCAAAUAUAUAAUGAAUAUCAAAAGGCACAUUUACAACAAUUCAAAAAUACUGUUGCAAUUUCACCUGUCGACUUCCAUUCACAAAUUAAGACCAUAUUUCCUGGAGUCGGUCAGGUGAAAGUACAAGUACCAGGAGGUAGUGUAGAAAUUCACUACAACAACUUGAAACACGUUAAUGCCCCUGAACCUAAAAGUCAACAAGGUAUAAAUGACAUUAUGGCAUCUGUUUUAAGUCCUACCAAAAUGGAAACAAUGGGUCAUGAAUCACGUUCUCCAAAAUCAAAAUGCCGUAAAAGACCGGCAACUGGAACCUCUUUUCAUCCUACAUCUCCUAAAGUGGCUUUAAAAAAUGAAGAUACACAAAACCAGAUACUUAAAAGUUCACAAAUUGAUAUUUGUGAAUUGAACGGACAUGUUGAAUCCCCUAAAUUAACGAACGGACAGAUAGUUUGUCCGUUAAAUGGUUUGUCUCGAGAUACCUCAGACGUACUUAAUACCACAAGAAUUCAUAAUGGAUCACCUGUGAGAAAGCUGAAUGUUUCUUUUAAUACGAAUGAAGAUGGUUGUGUUCAAAAGAAAAGUUCAGCACCUGUACGAGCAACAGCAGUGGUAUCCUUACCAGACUCCAAAAUAAUGAUCGUCCCUGUUUUUACUACCUAUGGUGUGGGACAUAAUCUGACGCUUAAGGGAACUCCAACGAGCGAGGUUCCCAUCACGAUCAAAAUGCAAACCUCUGAAAACCAUGAAAUCGAUAAAACUAACAUCAAUUUUCCAAUUUGCCCUAACUUGGACCAAAUCACAACUAUUUCUAAAAGUGAAGUCGAUUUUGUCGCACCAAGUAGCGUAUCCUCUACUUCAUCAGAUUGUAGGUGCAAAUCGACAAAGCGAUUAGACGACUCGAUUAUUUCAGAAAACUAUACAAAUGGCAUUUCCAAUUGUCGUGGUAAUUGUGUACAAUUAUUCUGUAUGUGGGAUACGUGUAUGCAAGUAUUUGCAGAUUCUGUUGAACUUUGGAAGCACUUUCGAAAUGUUCAUUACGAAUCUAUUCGAAAUUCAGAUCAGAUUAAAUGUGUUUGGGGGGACUGUUCUGAAGUGAUAUCAAAUUCCGGUUUUGAUAUACUACUGGAUCAUUUGCAUUCUAAACACAAAUUUCAAUUAUCUGUUAGUAUGGAAUCUGCACUGAAUUGUUUAUCCGAUAAUGAUAGCAUUAUGUCUGAUGCAGUACACGCGAAUCAAUCAAAUUGUUCUCGAACAAAUUUUGAAACAACUGCAAAAGAAACCUCAAGUCAUUCCUCGUGUCAAAUCGAAAAGCCGUUCGUGUAUGAUGAAUUACGAUUUUUAAAUACUUUGUCAGAAGAGUGUCGUAGAGCUUUGACCGGAGGAAUUCCUAAUCCACCAUUCGCACCUACACCAGUUCACGAAGGACCUGUAACCAAACAUCUCCGACUUACUGCGGCUUUAACUUUAAGAAACUUACUACAAUAUAGUGAUUUUGCACGACGUUAUGUAAGUUCUUGUGAAAAUCUUUUGUGUGAUUUAGCCUUUGCUAAUCUUGAAUCUUCGCCUACAAUUUUUGAGUGCCUCACACUAUUAUCCAAUCCAUUUGAUGAAAAUACAACAACUCAACACUGUAUAGACGAAAAGCAUAUUUUCUGAAAUUUCUAGAAACAAAAAUUAACGUUGUAAUUUAUUCAACAACCACAACAACCGCUACAAAAAGCUUUUUAACACAUAUUGUUUACAUAAUUAUUGUUUCAUGUAUAAGAUGCUCAAGUUUUAUCUGUCUAUUUCUAAUUGACAACCGGUUUAAUUGAAUUAAUGUAAUUGUAUUACCAAAUUUUAUCAUUAACUACUUCGUUAUACAUAGUGUAUGCUCGAUUGUACACUAUCUGUGCAUAAUUCUUUAGUUUUAAAUUAAUGUUAUCAUUUGAUGACAAGUGCCAAAGGUUCAACGAUUUUUUUUUUAAUGUGAGUACUUCUUUCUCUUUUCUUUAUGACCGUAUUUUCUAUCAAUAGCUGGUACUGUCUCUUUCUCUCCCUAAAUGUUGCUCUCUAUCCACUUUUUGUUCUAUUGAAAUUCAAAACCUCCUUUUUACUUCGGUUAACGAAUGAUGUGCUCAUGUAUAUUUACGUAAAUAACUUACCGAUUACUUUCUUUUCCACACUCAAUUCUUAUCAAUUACUAACUAAUACUAAUGUUACUUCAAGUAGGCGAAAUAUUUAUUAUCUGCUGUACUGUGAUGGGCUUGUUUUUCUACAAUGAUAAUACAAUCACUAUCAUAUUACUAUUGUUAUCAACACUUGUUUUAUCACAGCAUAUAUAUAUAUAUAUAUAUAUAUAUAUAUAUUUGUACAGGUUAGUUCUUACUUCAUUCCCUUUUUUGUUUGAGGUGCAUCUAUUUCGC